AUGGCUGCAUUUUAUGGUAAUCCUACAGAAAAUUUUAAAGCAUCAUUUCAUUGGUUAACUUUAUUUAUAAAAAGGUACAAAUUGUCUUUAUGUCAACGUAUCAAAGCAGAUCAAAGGAUUAUUGGAAUAAUUUCAACUGCUUUAGAAAAAAGAAGUCCUUUGAAUUUAGAACAUUUAAAAAAGUCUGUAAAAAGUAAGUUUCGUGAAAGUGAUUUUGAUCUAGUGGUGAUUCUAGGAAGGUUGACAAAUAUUUAUCAACCUCUUAAUGUAGCAAUAAAGCCGUUCAAAAACAAUCUUCGUAAAGAGUGGCAUUUAUGGAUGGCAAAUAGUGGUGCUGGAGAAACUGCGGCUGGAAACUUGUGA